UGAUUUUCAUCAUUUACUUCGAGCCCGUCGAGCAGAUAUCUGUCCUUCACGCAGGAUCAUUUAUGGUUCAUUCGUCACUUGUUGGAUUAUUUUGUGUUCAGACUGGGAUCAUUUUAAUCUUCGUGGAUUUCUUGCUGUUUUCUAACUAAUGGAGGAGAAAAAACAAGAACUGAAAGAUUCUCCGUUUUCUAUCAAGAAUCUGCUGAACGCUCCUGACAAACCCAAACCCGUCCGGAGCGCUCACAUGAAUCUCUCCAGAGUUCCCGAGAUCAGUUUCGUGAGGUUCGGCUCCUGGUGUCGCGCGCCUGGACACCCGAGCACACCCUCAGAUCGGAUGAGUCGAAGCUCGACAGAAGCGCUGAGAUCAGACCCGGAUGAUCCGGAUCCUAAAGAAGAUGAGGAUGAGGAGGAGAGCGAUUCAGACGAGCAGAAGAGAGAAAACCUCUCAGAGAAGAAAGCCUGUCGAAAGAAGAAGACCAGGACCGUGUUCUCGCGCUCUCAGGUGUUUCAGCUCGAGUCCACGUUCGACUUGAAACGGUACCUGAGCAGCUCGGAACGGGCCGGACUCGCAGCGUCGCUCCAUCUCACCGAGACUCAGGUGAAAAUCUGGUUCCAGAACCGGCGGAAUAAGUGGAAGAGACAGAUCGCCGCGGAGCUCGAGGCCGCGAACCUCAGUCACGCGCAGAGAAUCGUGCGCGUGCCCAUCCUGUAUCACGAGCACUCGGAGACCCCGCGAGCUGCGGGUCUCGCGCUCACGCACGCACUUUAUUACCCGCAUCCCUUGAUCAGACCGGUCUGAUGAUGUUCUGUUAUCCGUCACUCUGAAUCAUAAAAGAUGAAAGAAAGUCGCCCGUGAACCCAAAGACAUCGACCUGCUGCUGCACGCGCGGGACUGAUGUGCGUUCAGUAAAGUGUUUGUAAACUUAUUGCGACUGCUUUGAUUAUCUUUAUUAGUGCUGGUAAUUGCCCUUAUACACAUGCACUAUAUUCUUUAUAGGCUAGGCCUACCUAUUUUGUCAUGAAGAGUGUUUCGUCGUCGUCUCAGAAAAAGUAAAUAAAUAUUCUCGUUGUUCUGUGGUUUCAUCUGUUCUCUUUUAAAGAAAUGUUUGUUUUUAUAAUGUGAGAAUUGUAGUGUUCGUAUUUCAAGUAUUUGCAGCUCUCCGAUGCAUUUCAGAGUUUUUAUAUUGUUUGAAUUUAUUUCUCAGUGUGAAUGUUUGAAAUGAUGAAUUAUAUUUCUGACUGUGAUUUUUACAGAGACAUGUCUUUAUUGACAAAUAAAUGAAACGUGAAUGUGCAUUGUUUCAGUUUGAGGAGGGUUACAGAACAGCGCUUAAAAACGUUGUUUCUCUAAUGUAACUGUUAGGUUUCUCUAUAGAAUUAUGUUUCUUUGUGUAUUUUUGUCUUCUCCUAAAUCUACAAACGUAGGCUAUUGUAACUGUUAUAACGGAGUUUUUUUGUUUUGUUCUUUUACUGAUUCAAAUUCACAGUGCAAGUCGUGAUUUAUUGACAAUUCUGACCAAAUUUAGCGUGUAGCUCUAACCUUAACAAUUAAAACAUGAAUUUUACAUAUUUUAUUUUUAAAUGUUUGUCUUUUACUGUUUUAUUUGAUUGUAUUGAUUAUUUAUUUGAUAUCAUUGUAGGCCCAUUGACUUAUCAAUAGACAAUUAUUUGUCCUUGAAAAAAAUUGAAAUGAAAAAUAAAAAUA